AUGGCGGCCGAUGAGGAGCGGCGCAGGACUGGUCGUGCUGGCGGCGGCCAUCGUGGCCCUGGUGCUGCAGACGGUCGGAGGCGCGGCGACAAGGGCAAGGAGCAGCCACCAGCUGAGGACCUGCGCUCGGCCUCCCGCAGCACGAACGAGCGUGCCCCUGCGCGCCGACGGGCGCGGCGGGGCCACCCGCGCUCUGACGACGAGGCGGAUGCCUCGGGAUCGCAGGCCAGUGAUCGUGAGCGCCCUGGACUCGGAGGUCUCGAUCGCGCCGCCCAGGACGAGCUCGUGGCCGCCAUUGAGGCGGCGGCCACCUUCCCCACGCAGGAGCGCCAGGACAUGCAACUGGACCUCAACAUGCUCCUACUGACCCGUGGCAACGCCCUGGCGGGGACCCGUGGCAUGAUCGCGCCGCCCCCGCUGUUGGACACACUGAACUACCUGCUGCUGGCACUCCUGUCGGCCAUGCUGCAGAGCUGCAUUCGCCAGGCCACCGAUGCUAUCGCCGCGACCUCCAUGGCCCAGGUCACCUCCUGCCAGACGCAGCUGGUGCGCAUGUUCCAGACGCAGCAGGAGGCAGUCAACAGGUCCCUCGCCGUGCAGACUCGCGACAUCGCCUCCAUCGGCCAGCGCGCCGACGCGUUGGAGGCGGAGCAGGCCGCCAUGCGCAAGCAGAUCGGGGACAUCAACAAGGCCCUGGCCCUCGCCGAGAAGGAGCUACCCAUCAUGGACUUCCAGGAGCUGGAGGCGUGGUCUCGUCAACCCAACCCGCGGAUCUUCUCGAUCGGAGCGCCGCAGUUGGUUGGACCCGCCCAAGCUCUUCAAGGAUUGGAGGAGUGGAUUCGAGCGGCUGGCCUCACUCACGACAUGGUCCGCAUCGACCCUGUGGUCCCUGCCAAGCGCUUCAACGUCAUGGUGCAGGGCGGCGACGGGGUCGCUCUCCCUCGGUCUCAGGCACUCGCUCGGCAUCUACGUGGCCCAGCUGGCAGGAACGGGUGGCGCUCCUUCAGCGCGCAGAGCGUCGGCGGAGGCGUCGUCCCACUGUACCUCUCGCCUGACAAGUCACCGCAGCAAGUACGAAUGGAGAUCCAAUCGAGGAAGCUCUCGGUCUUGCUGGCAGAAGCUCUUCCUGAUCAGUCUUUCAGUGCUCAGCGGGCCCGUGGUAUCAUCACCUCCCAGGGCGUCAAGGUCGCCGAGCUCGAGAUGGGUGAAUCCCGCAACACCGACACCAUCAUCAGGUGGAACCCAGACAUGGUCGCCAGGCUGCACAUCGACAGGGAGUCCAUCAACACGCAGUUCAAGAAGGCCUUCUCCACGGAGGACAACACCGAGUGGCUGCGCAGACGCAAGUUGGCACUGCUCGCCACCUACAUGAAGGUCAACGCCAUCAUCGCCGUACAGGAGGUCCACGGAUCUGAGGACGCCCUCAGCGAGAAGUGGAAGACCUCCUGUGCGUUCCUCGCCUCCAACUUCUUCUAUGCCGACUCAAGACACCUGGACAAGUACGCGAACCUCCUCCUCACCUUCGACAGCAAGCUGCUCCGACACCUGGUCAAGUACACGACGUUCUCCCACGACAUCCACGCCUACCGCUUCGACAUAGUGGCGGACGGCCGCGCGGCGCUCCUCGCGAUCACCGACAGCACGGGCAAGUGCAGCAUGCAGAUUUUCAACAUCCACAACUACGACCUCAAGCCACACGAGUUCACCGCAGUGGAGUCUCAGUGGCCGACUCACUACGACAAGUCCAGCAAGCAGCUGUCCACGAUCGACCGCAUUUUCUUGGGCAUCGACGCGCACGCCAUGCUCUCGGUCUCGACGAUCCUCACCACUGCGAGGGACGCGAUGGAGCUUUCCGAGGAGGGCAUCAGCGACCACGCGCCCCUCGUCCUGCAGAUCACCGCCGCACGCCAUGUCCCACGAGACGAGCAGCCUAUCCCGACGCACCUCUUCAACCACAGGAAGUACCCUGAGACCUACACGCUCAUGCUGGACCACUGCUCCUUGGCUGGGGAAACGGCGGAAGGCCGCUGGAGAGCAGCGAAGCAGCGCAUGAAACUUGCAGCGCGACGUGUUCGUGAUCACCAGCUGCGGACCAACUUCUCUCUACACGUCAAGGACUCCACGGUCGAGACCUCGUACAUGGGCUUCAAGUCGGCGGCGAGAGCGGUCUGGCGACAGGACGCUGUCCUGGCAGGCAGGCUGCUCGAGUCCUGCCCUGUGCUGGCCGCCCACCUCCACGUGACCGACGGCACGGUGCGCCUCGUGGACCCCCACAGCUUCGCCGCCAACUUCGAUGCCAUCGCCGAGCGGGUGCACUCCCUGCGCAGGCAGGCGGCGGAGGCAGCAGCUCGAACGGCCAACGUGCGCGACAGCGCAGCCUGGCGGAGGGUUGAGCGCAAGGCCGCCAGGCAUGCGCAGCUCUGGGUCCCGUGGCGGCGACGCAUGAUCCUUUCGGGCCUGCGCGUGGACUCCGCACCGCGUGCCGCCAAGGACUCGAAGGUGGCUCAGCACGUGGUCUCCGAUCCCGCGGGCAUGAAGGCGACCGUAGCGAACUACUGGGGUGAGAUCUUCGCGAAGGUGCCGAACUCUGAACAGCUCAAGGCCUUGGGCGCUUUCCUGGACAAGCACGCGCCAAGGAAGCCCGAGCCCAUCGCCACAUCAUCUACCUCACCCGAGCAGAAGGGCUUCACUGCUGGGCGGCGCUUCGUCGACCACAUCCCGUACCUGGACGCGGAAUGCCGUCGGGAGGGCCUUCUUCCGGACGCGGCGACCCGCCGCCCCAUGUUCCUGUCGUUCGACUUCCGUCAGGCCUUCCCCUCACUCUUCAGGGAAGUCAUCGAGAAGGUCCUCCCGCGCUACGGGGUCCCGCUGGGCUUCUGCAACGUGGUCGCGGCGCUCUACAGCAACUGCCUCGCCUUCAGCUCCUUCCGCGCCGAGGGCACCAGCGCGGAGCUCGAGCCGCUCAUCGACUCCACCUUCGUCUCCAUUGAGUUUGCCUUCAACCUGCAGCUGGCGCUGCACAAGUGCGCGCUGGUGCCGCUGUGGGAGGAGCUCUCGGAGGGCACGCUGCAGGACGUCAAGUCUUUCCUCGCUAAGGAGGUCCCCCGCUGGUCGGGCUUCCGCGUCGACUCCACGGCCAAGUACCUGGGGACUCACCUGGGGCCAGGCGUCACGGACUUCGGCAUCUGGAAGGCAGCUGCGGGGAAAUGGUGGACCCGAUGCUGGGAGCUGGCGCGCACUGGCAUGGCCACCAGCCUUGCGGCACGUGCGUGCAACAUCAACGCGCUACCGUGCCUGUCGUACCUCGCGCAGUUCUACUUCAUUGUGCCUGCCAUCUGGAAGGUCGAGUUCACCUCCCUGCACCGCCUGCUGCGGCUGCCGCCCUCGUCCAUGCGCAAAGCCGACAUCCUGUCGAUGAGCGCGUGGUGCGGCUCCCCGUCGCCGACGGGCCUCUUCCCGUGCACGCUCGCGGCGAUGAUGCGCACGGCGGAGAACACGGUUCGUGGAUGGGAAGCUCACCUUCACCACUUUCAUGAAGCUGCCGUGGAGCAUGCCCCACUGAUCGACGUGAUCAAGGGCAACUGGUCGCCACCGUGGUGGCAGACGCGGAGGGCGAUCGUACAGAACUUCGCCAUGAUCACGGACACCUACGGCCAGCUGGACAUCCCCAGACCGACGCUCGAUGUGCUCUCGGUCCCGAUUCCGAGCAGGUACAUCAAGAUCGCGAAGACGGCGAUGACCCUGGAGACGAAGGCGGCGGCAGCGGCCUCUCCCACCAGGAAGCCCAAGCGCCAGGCCACGGCCGCCAUCUCGCUCCGAGGCUCGCUGUACCCCGAGGACCUGGUGGCCACCAUCCACCGUCGGCUACGCAGGUGGGGAGUCGUGUGCUCGCUGCCCGAGCUUCGCGAGAGGUGGCCUCCGCUGCGUGACAAGCUGACGGAGGUCCGCCCUGCAUGGAUGUGGUCGUGGAUCCGCACCGCGGUCAACGGCUGGACGACCUCUCGCCGCAUGAGCGCCGUCAUCGAUGCGCGACCAUGCCUGUUCGGCUGCGACGAGGUGGACGCGCUCGAGCACUACGUCGUCUGCCCCAUCCUCAGGGCGUUGACCGCGGGCGACGCUGACGCCGACUCCCUGGGCCACGGCAUCGAGUUCCUCGGGUUGGGCGACGAACAGUACCACGCAAGGAGACCGAUCAAGGACUGCAUCUACUCGGUCGGCCUCAUGUGCCAGUGCUACCACAUCCAGAAGCACCGCGUGGACGUGGGCCUGGAUGCCGGAGCGGCCCAUCGAGCUGGUGUGAGACUGGCCGCGUUGCACCGCAUGCAAGCAUAG